AUGGAUCUUUUAUCUAUAAAAGCUAAUAACAAUAUUCUAUUAAACCUAAAAAUAAAUCUUAUAAUGAAACAUUGUUUAUAGAAAAUUAGUUAUGAUACAUAAAAUCAUACUAAACCAAUUAAUCAUAUCACUUAAAUUGCUAAAUAGCUAAUAGAAAGUGAAAAUUUAAAUUUUUAAACUCAAUCUCAUAUUAUUGAACUUCUUCAUGAUAAAAUUGAAUGUAUGAGAUUAUUAGUAGAGGAAAAUUAUAUGUUAUAAUUUAAUUAUUUAUUGGGAUAUAUUGAAAAACUCUUAAAGAUAUAAAAUUUAUUAAUAAAAUAGUAUGAAACCUUUCCUUGUGAAAGAACUUAAUGUGCUUUAGGAUUUUUCUAUACAGAAUUAUUGAAUGAUUAUUUAGCAGCAAAUUCAUUAUAUAGUAUUUUAGCAAUAUCUGAUGAAAAAAUGAAAAAAAUUGUUCUAAAUUAAGAUGUUUUUAAUAGCAAAAUGAUUUAUUUAAUAACAGAAUUUAAUUAAAAGAUGAGAGUAAAGUUUUCAUCCUUUAAUGCUGAUUCAUUUUUAGGUAUUCCAAAUGAAUGUCUUGCUAAUAAAUCUAUAGAUGAAUUAAUUCCACCAGGAAUUAGUGAAAAUCAUGAUGAAAUGAUAGUAGAUUUCCUAAAAAAUGGAAAAUCUAAAUAUCUUAGACAGUUACAAAAUAACUUUUUAUAUUAUAAAUAUUAGUAAUAUAUGAUAGAAAUAGAUUUUGCAAUAGAAACUAAUUUAAUUAAAGAACUUAAUUUCAUUGUUUUUAUCCAACCUACAAUGAGUUAAAUUUUUUCAAUAAUUUUAAAUUUAAAUUUAGCAAUUGUUUGCAUGAGUAGAGCAUUCAUUUAAGAAUUAGAAUUAUAAGAAAGUAUAAAAUUAUAUUUAGGAAUGAAGAUUACUAAAAUACUUCCUUCGUUUCCUCUUUCAAUAUCAGAUAAUCAUUUCGUUGAAAAUGCAGAUAUCUACUUUGACAAUUAAAAUGUGAGACAUAGCUCAACUUCAAGAGGUUAUCCAUUUUACACUAGUUAUUAAAUUAUAACAAAAAAAUUAAAUGAUAGAAUUGCAUAUUAUUAUGUUUAAUUUGAGUAUUUUAAGAAAAACUUAGCAAAUUAGGUUUCAUCUUGUAGUAAUUCUAUGUAUACGAGUCAUCAUUAAAUUUUGGAUUAUAUAUAAGAUGAUUAAAUUAAUGAUAUAUGUAAUGAAACACCGAUAAAAAUUCCAAUUGAAGAUGAUGUAAAGCGAUCAAAUGGUUAAUAAAUUUAUGAAAUUUAAGAAGGCUUAUGUUCAGAAUAAAGCUAGAUAAUGAAUGAAUUUAAGUUUGAAUAAACUAAUAUUAAAAGUACAUUUAGAUUUAAUUAAACACUAUUAGAGUAAAAAUUUUAUUAUAAUGUGCAUUAAAAUCCAUCAAAAGUAUCAAAUCAUUUAAAUUCUCAAAAAUAUGAGAGUUAUUAAAAUGAAGAAGAUGAAAAGAAUCAUAAUUUUGAUAAUGUCUAAUCUUCAUAAAUUUCUGCUUUUUAAGGUUUGAAAAGAUCAGAAUUUUAUAAAAAAUAUGAUUUAUACUCUAAAAUUAAAUUUUAAGUCGGAAAUUCGAAAUACCAUAAACUUUUUAUUUUUUCUUUUACUUUAAGCAUUAUUUCUUAAGUCAUCAUUUAAUCAAUUGUAAAAUUUUAAUUAAUUUUAGCAAAUAGCCAAAUUAAAUAUCAAUUUGUAGCUUUUAGCUACUGAUAUAGAUUUAUUAUAAAUAAAGAAUCUAGUAUAUUAGCCAUUUGAAUCCUUUUUAUUAACUAGAUGGGCUCUAUUUAACUAUAUUUAAAUGUAAAUAACAGGAGAAAUCACAUAAUAAGAAUUUGACUAUUUGAUAGAAUUUCCUAAAUAGAAUCUAAAUCUAGGAUAUGAUUAAUUAGAUUCUAAUUUGAAAACAGUAUUAGAUAGGAUUAGUACUUAAGGAUUUUUCGAAGAUAAAUCUCUAGAAAUUUAUGUUUAUAUUUAUACUGGAUAAGGUGAAAAAUUUAAUUUAACAAUAAGGAAUAGCAUAUAAAUUUUAUUAAAUUAUUUAUAUGAAAUUAAGAUGAGAUAUUAGAUUGAGGGAACAAUUGUUUCUGAUAGUCCAUAUGUAUAUUAUUCUUAUAAGAAUUAUUUAUCAAUGAAAUAAGAAUUUAGUUUAUUAAAUGAAUAAAUUUUAAAUAACAGUAUUACAAAAUCAGAGUAAGAGUAAUCUUAAGAAGAACUUAUUUUUUUAAUUGCAAUUGGUAUUGCUUUUAUUUAAUUUUGUUUAUCUUUUAAUUAUUUUAUUUAAAUUUAGAAAUAGAUUAAUAAAUUUUAUUCUAUUAUUUUUAAUAUGGAUACUUAUUUUACUUUUGAAGAUAUUACUCGAUUAAAGUUUAUUUCAGGUCGUUUGAAUAAAAAUGCAAAUGCAUUAUUCAAAUUUUAAUUAAAUAUUGAUUAUAGGGAAAAGGAAUUUUAGUCUAAAUCCUUAAUCUUGAAUUCAAAGAAAAAAGCAAUUCAUAGACCUUAUUAUUUGAAAUAGUACUUUUAUUAUUAUCUGUAUUUUAUUUUUGUUUUAGUUUUAAUAAUUGGAAAUGCUUUAUUAACUUAUGGAGAAUGUGGAGAGUAUUUAAGUAAAUAUCCAGAAACAGCUAAAUUUUACAAAGCUAUUUCAGAUGUUGGAACAGAUAUACCAACAAUGUAUGCUUAAAGAGAUAUUCUUUAUAAUAUUGGUAUAAUAGCUCCAUUUUUAAAUGAAACUGAAAGAGCCUAAAUUUUAUAAGAAAUUAAAGAUUCAUUAAAUAGAACAGAUAAUUUUAUAACAAUAGAUUUUAAUUUAGAUAAGUAAUUAUUUUUAUAAUCAUCUAAGUUUAAUAAUUUCAACAGAGUUUAAAAAGUAUUAUCAAAAAGUUUAAGAAGAAAAUCUUUGUUAUUAUCUUCCAAAUUAUUUUAGCAAUAAAUCAGAAUCUAUAUGUCCUUAAAUUAUGGAUUAAAAUAUGGAGAGGGGUUUAUUUGGAUUAUUAAUAUAUAUAUGUAAUUUUAUAAGUAAUGAUAUGGCUAUAAAUCAUUUUACUAAAAAAUUACAACAAAGCUAUUUAGAAUUGGAGGGUGCAUUUUUGGUUUCUUACAUUAUCAAAGAUAUAAAUACUUACUUUCACUCAGACUUAGAAACAGAGACUUAGUCUUAUAUCGAUAAAAUCAGUGUAUAAUUACUUAUAGAUUAUUAAAAUAGGUGCAUAAUGUAGUCAUUCUUAUAUUUUUAUGCAUUUUAAUACUAAUUACGUUAACGAAGAUCAACAAUAAAUUAAUCUACAAAUUAUAUUUGGCUUAGAGAAUUCCAUACUUGAUGCCAAUAAAAACAAUUGUAUUAAAUGAUGGAUUCGAGAGAAAUUUAAGAUAACUUAUGCACAAUUGA